CAUAAUUGGUUGCUGAUCGCUGCCCUAAAUAUAUCAAACUACAAUGUCCAAUGACACCUAAUAUGUGUAACAGUCUAAUACGACACCGGUACUUGCGGCAUCAUAGCUGUGUGUGUAUAAACACAGUGAUUUUCCAUCGUCUUCAUCGGCUGCAUUUGUGGGUGAGGCAUAAUAUUAGGUAUUGGUUGUGGCGGAGGCGGAUUCUGUUCAGGUGGUUUUUUAUUUUUCUUCUCGCAUUUCUUGAACUUAAUACCAAGCUUAUUCAAUAAUAUUAAUCGCAACGAUUCCUUUCCUCCUUUGAAAUUUAACUCAUGUUUGGCUGAUGCUAAAAUUUUACCCAACGUUGGUACCUCUUUUCUGACCGAAUAUCCAUUCACUAUACCACGUAAAGCACACAAUUGAAAGUAAUCAAGUUGCACUUUCGUUUUGCGUACUCGUUUCUUCUUAGGACCUGUCAUUUUAGUUUGAGUUGCUUCGGCAUGCAAUCCAUCCCUUUUUAUGCGUUUUAUUGUGCUUUCAGAUAGCCCUGUGGCCGCGCACGCCCUUUUGACUACAUUCUCGACAGGAAAAGCGUAGCCUCUAUUCUGUUUUUCACUUUCAAAAAACUUUAUCACUUUAAAAAUAAUUUCUUUCGCCUGCCCGUCAAUAGCUUCCUUCUUUUUUUUGUCAUUCUUCGGUUUUUUUUCUUCAGAUUUAACUUGUAUUUGAGGUUCUUGUUGUUGUACUUGAGGCACUUGAGGCACCUGUUGGGGCUCAGGCGGCCCCAGUUGUGUUAAAACUGUCUGAGUUUGAUUGUGAUGAGAAGGUGGCUGCAUAGGUACUAGGAGAUUCAACACUGGCACUUCAUGAACUAGAGCUUGCGAUUGAUGUAUAAUUUCGUGCGUCGUCAUCUUGUAAUAUUGAAAAUAGCACUGCUAUAAAAAGUUUUUUACUUUUUUGUAAUAAUUAGUGCUCAUGAAGAAGCACAAAGUGAUUGAAAUAACAAAAACAUCAGUCAACAAAGGCAAAAUUCAGUCGCCAUUUGACCAUAGACUAAAAUAGACAAUAUAGAGUUAUUAUUAUGACUUUACUAGUGAUGUCGAUUAGUAAAAUGUAGCGUUCUUAAAUUCUCUUUGGGCAUUAUGAAUAAAUCCAAUAAAACUAAAACUUAAAAAUACCUACUAAUUUGUCAAAUAUUUUAUCUUUUUUUUUCGAACAAAUUCACCACGGAUCCGGUGAUCGAUGUUGCUAGAAUUUGAAUAAUCAGAUCGAUACUAUUUAUUCAUAAUAUAUAGUCUGUGAAAUAGUUCAUUCACUUCUUUAUGCUCUGUGAAUCAUUCUGUCAUUCGUGUAUCAUUCAUUCAACUACUGUUUGUAAACAUUUUAUUUCUUUUCGAAUUGAAAUAAAUAAAUGUGUUUAUAAAUCUUAAUAAGAAACAUGGAUGACUCUUCCGAAUUAGUUUUAAAAAAGAUUUGCUGCACAUGUCUUAGUCGCGACCGUAAAUUAUCACAAUUGUGCAGAUUAAAAGAAGGAAUAAAUAAUUUAUAUUUAUUGCUGUCUCAAGAUUCUGAAGCAUACAGAGAAGGCUUCUAUAAAGAUACAGCCAGUUGGCAUAUAUGCUGGGAGUGCUGGGCCAUCAUGAGGAGGAUCAGCAGUUUCCAGAGCCAGGCGUGUAUCGCACAACGACACUUGACCGGUAUUGUGGAAGGAAGAACUGAUGUAAGCUGUAGUCCAGUUGCCAAACAGAAAGAAUUUUGUACAUUGACCUUUGUGCAUACAGAUAUCGUCAACAUUUUAAGUUUACUUAACUGUGACAGAAUUGGGUAGAUGCAUCUGUGCCAUCCAUAAAUUACGUCACACGUUAGGAGGGGGGGGGAGGUCGACGAAAUGUGACAUUAGAACAAUAUUUAGUAGAAUUUGCAUAGACAAACAUAUGACAGGG